AUGGCCCCAUCAGCAGUGAGCAUGGUGUUUACGGUGGAGAACGCUAAAUCACCGAAUUCGCUGGAAAAAGGACAAAAGCCCCCGGAUGGACAUAGCUUCGACGAGGCACUGGAGCUGGCCGGGUUCGGCAAGGUGCAGAUAGUUCUAUCCAUCCUUGCCGGACUUGGCAUGAUGGCCUCGAUCAACGAAGCGAUGGGAAUGAGCAUCAUCUUACCGGCCUCCCAGUGUGAUCUUGAUCUGGAUGCUGGGGAGAAGGGAAUCGUUGGUGGUGCAGUGUUUCUUGGUACAAUGUUUUCGUCCUAUUUCUGGGGCUAUCUGGCUGAUACGAGGGGCCGCCAGCUGAUCCUGAAGUAUGCACUGUUUGCGACUUCGUUCUUUGGUGCGAUCUCGUGCCUUGCGACUGGAUUCGAAUCAUUGUUGGUGCUCCGGUUUCUAACAGGUGUUUGCGUGGCCGCUCCAGCCUCUACGGUGUAUGCUUACCUCGGGGAGUUUACUACACCGAGCAGACGCAGUCAAAUGCUGUCGUUUGCCUCCGUUUGGGGAGGUGUCGGAAUUGUCUAUGUGUCAUUGGUCGGUUGGUGGAUACUUUCGUACGAUUGGGUUUUCGUCAUUAGUGAUUCGUUUGAAUUCAAACCAUGGCGCUUGUUGUUCAUUGUCAACACGUUGCCCGCCUUCUUGAAUGGAAUCGCCUUCUGCUUCUGUCCCGAGAGUCCUAAGUUCCUAGUGUCCCGAGGUCGCAAUGAGGAAGCUCUGGAAAUUUUGAAGAAGGUUUACAAGAUCAACAAUGGCACUGACAAUGCAGAUGGAUAUGAAGUGACGACUCUUCGGCUAGAUCCGGAAGAUGCGAUAGCUCGAGAACAGAAUGGAGACGCUUCUGUAGGACUGUUCCGAUCGAUGGUACAGCAGACCUUACCGAUUGUGAAGCUUCCAUAUCUGGUGUACUUCAUCAUAUGCUGCGUCCACAACAUUGGAGCAUUCGCUAUUUACGGAGGUCUUGGACUUUGGUUCCCCGAAAUUAUGAAUCAAGUAUUCUCCCAGCAGGCCACACACGAGGACAGGAAAGUCUGCACGAUACUGCAGCGGAACGACACGCUACCGGUUGUGACAGAGCUGGAAAUCUGUGACGAUGAAGUCAAGAUCGAAACGUUCCUCUACACGCUGCUGCUCGGUGUCAUCGGAUGCAUAUACGCACUGAUCACGUCGGCCGUGCUGGGUAGAAUCGAUCAGAAAGUGAUGAUGGUAUUUAACUGCAUCGUAGCCGGAGUGUCCGGCAUUGCGCUCCAAUUCAUCGCCAACACGUACGCAGUGGCAAUACUAUUCUGUCUCGAGAUAGUAUUCGCCGGCUACUGUGUGCUGCUGGUGAACGCUAACGUGGUGGCUAUUUUUCCCACGAACGUAAGAGCGAUGGCAGUUGCGCUAACGAACAUGAUUGGGCGGUUAAGCUGCUUCGUAGCGAGUGCUGUGAUCGGGCUGCUGAUCCUAGAGAACUGUCCAGUCACGUUUUACAUGCUCUCCGGGUUGCUGUUUCUAUGUGCGGGUCUUACAUUUUUGCUGCCGAAAAAAUGA